AUGCGCUUCUCGUCUCUUCUGCUCCUGGUCACAACCCUAGUCUUGCUGGGCACCACGAGCCCUGCGUUUGCAGCCUUAAAAACAUGCACGACCAACCAUUGGACAGUGCAAGGCUCAGUGAAGCCAUACUAUCAGUCCUCGGGCGCGACGGUGCAGAUCGGAACCGAUGGUGGAUGGGUGUCCCUUCCGACGGGCAAAGCAGUGUGCGGAUCCAAGCUGCUACGCACUACUUUCAAGGUCGGUGCUGGGCUGACGGUGCCACUGUAUGUGUCUGAAGACACGGAUGAUGCCAACGUGGAGAGGGUAGUGAUUGGCUCUGCUGCCAAGGGCAGGGACGGGUGGUACUACUUCAAUUCUCUCACAAAUGCUCGAAACAAGGCAGCUGGCAAUUUGGCCGGAAUCGACGAGAAGCGCAUUGCGGUGCUCGUUCCACAAUUCAUGAACACAGCAGACAAGGAGGCCGGCUCUGCAUCUGCCACCGACCUCCUCUUCAAGGGCUUGAGCUGGUCGUCUGGCUCCAACGGUGUUGGAGCUGGUUCCCCAAUAUCCUCUUUUGACGUCCUAGACAGCUUGGUGAACCUGGCCAAGUCACGAUACCCCAAAGCGACGAAAAUCAUCUUUGCCGGGCACAGUCUCGGAGCGCAGGCCAUCAACCGCUACUCGACUCUCAAAAAGGGCGCCGAUGAAAGCGUACCUUCGCUAGAGUACUUCAUUGCCAAUCCUGGCUCCUGGCUGUGGGUCACGCCGGAUGUGCCCGUGCCAGAUGCGACUUGCGGCAAGGCUGCGCACGAGUACAAGUACUUUGUGAAGCGCGGCGACUCGAAGCUUCCGCCUUAUGCGCGCACCGAUGUCGAUUUGCUAGAUCAGAGGGGUGUGUUGUCCAGGUAUGCAGCUCGCAGGGUGCACGUGGCUGUCGGACAAAAAGAUUAUGGCCCUGGAGAUACUUCGUGCGCUGCAGGUACGCAAGGCAAAAAUCACCGACAACGUGGAAGACUGUACGUCGAGGCGAUCAAGAAGGCUCUGGGAGGUAGCUUGCCGGCUAGUUGGACCUACGACGUCAUCCCUGGAUGCACCCACGAUCCGGACUGCAUGUUCGGCAGCGAUCUUGGCAUCGCUAGGCUCUUCACGGACGGAUACCCUGGCUUCGUACCCAAGAACACCCAGAAGAGUCGUCGAAGCGCUCACAAGCCGCAUCAAGCAGCCGACUACUAG